AUACGUCGAGAAAUCAAGGUGUGGCUUAGACUGAAACACCCGACUAUCGUUCCGCUACUUGGCACCGCAAGGGUCGAUUCUCCGUUUCCGGCUCUCGUUUCCAAAUGGAUGCCAUCUGGGACACUGGAUGUCUACCUCAAGGAAGCUGCAACCCUUACCGCUUCCUCUAAAGUUGAAUUGGUGAUUCACUCGGAGAAAGUCGUUCAUGGAGACCUUCAUCCCGCUAAUAUCCUCAUCGAUGACUCAGGAAAUCCACGUCUCACAGAUUUUGGUCUCGCAACAGUCGCAGGGGACGCAGACUUGCAGUUGUCCACGAUGACCGCUACCCGCAAUUUGGAUUCUCGAUGGCGUGCGCCUGAAGUGAUCGGAAUUGAGCGUGACCCUGAAAGGCCUACUUUCAAGAGUGAUGUCUAUUCAUUUGGUAGUGUGAUGUUCUUUAUCUUCUCGGGGGAUGUACCAUGGAAAGAGAAGAAGCAUUCGCAUCAAAUUUCGAUUGAGCUAUCAAAAGGAGCCAUACAUGCACGUCCCGACAACAUCCCUGACGAUCACUGGAGCUUGAUUCAAAAAUGCUGGUCUCGGGACCCGGGGGGUCGCCCAAGGGCAGUGGAAGUUAUUAGACGCACGAACAUCGUGAUCUUCGGAGAGACAGGGGCGGGCAAAAGCUCCGUCAUAAACCUCAUGGCCGGCCGAGACAUUAGCGCACAUAUCGCCCGACUCUCACCUGCUGCACUCUGCAUUGGUCGGAGUACACGAUAA